AUGGAUAUCAAAGAAAUAGUUAAUUCGAAAGGAGUGAAAGGAGCAGCAGCGGCGGCGGCAGCAUCAGCAAGUGGUCAAGCUCAAGCUCAGGCUCAAGAUUUACACUUACUCCAAACUAUAUCGCAAGCCAACGGAAUGCGCAUGUCUGACACUGGAUCCGAGAGAGGUACUUCUCCUCAUGGCUCUGAACAUUCUCAAUAUUCUACACCACGAAUGGGAAUGAAUGUAAUGAACGGAGCACCAAAUGGCAUGCGUUAUCCUUCACCUCCCGGUAUGCAAAACGCGAUGCCAAUGAUGCAACAGCCUUACCGCCCCGAUAUUCCUUUCGAUAACAGUAUGAUGCCCACACAACAACAAGAUAACACGCGUCAGCGUCAACCUGGAGAUGUCACAGUCACAAAAGCUUUCCCUUGUAGUACAUGUGGCAAAGGAUUUGCUCGCCGAAGUGACCUUGCAAGACAUGAGCGAAUUCACAGUGGUGUCCGACCUCAUGUCUGUGAUUAUCCGGGGUGUGGCAAACAAUUCAUUCAAAGAUCAGCUUUGACAGUCCACCUCCGAGUUCACACUGGUGAAAAGCCUCACACUUGCGAACGAUGUGCAAAGCCCUUUAGUGAUUCCAGUUCUCUUGCUAGACAUAGGCGCAUUCAUUCAGGGAAGCGUCCAUACAAGUGCCCAUAUGCCGAUUGUCAAAAGACUUUCACUCGAAGAACCACUUUGACACGCCACCAAAAUCAUCAUACCGGAACUGUCGAAGAGGCUGCUGCCGCAACUGCUGCUGCUCUCGCCACUCGACCUGGUAAUAACAGACCUAGUAGACAACGUUCUGAUGGCGAGUCAUAUUCAAACAAUGGAUCUCCAAUGUCAACUCCUUCACCAGGCCGACAUCUUUCUGCUUCUCCAAGUUCUGACAUGGCACCAAUGAAUAGCAUGCAGCGCCACCCUGGUGAUUACGGCUACAUGAAUAACAGCUCUUUACCUGGCCAUCUUCGCGGUGAUUAUGGUGUACCAAGCCAGCCACCACCAGUCUCCACUGCUUUUGCAAAUGGUAUGCAGCAACAACGACCUACCUCCCACCCAACCGGUUAUGGCCCACCAAACAUUCUAGAGCCUCCUGCCAACAUGGAACAACGUCAACCUGGUAGCGCAAAUGGUAGUCCACACAUGACCAAUAUGGGUUGGCAAUCACCAUCUCAUAUGGGAUCUCCAUCGCACAACAACAAUUAUGUCUAUCCAGACCCUGAUCCGUAUGGAUCUGGCGCAGCGAUAGGCCAGAUGUAUUACCCAAAUUCAAAUAUGAGAAGACCACAAAGCACGGAGCCAGAACAAUAUGAUAUGAAGCCAAGAAUGGGCGAUCUAUGGGCCACAGCUCAAUGA